AUGUCUGCCUCACGGUACCCGGAGAACGGCAGAUAUCCUCGAGACAGGUCCCCGCCCUAUCGGGACCGGGAUCGAAGGCCAUCCAACUUUGGCGGCGGAUACCCCCCAAGGGGUAACGAGACCUUCAGACCAAAUGCAGAGCCGGGGGCCUUUCAAAGAGAGAUUCCGAAAGGUCCCAAAUCAUCACUUGCUGAUGCGUCACGUGGCCCACCGGUGGGUCCACCAUCAAGCGCGUCUGCAGCGCCACGCGACGAAAGAGGCCGAGGAUUUGCUGGACGUGGUGAAGCAACGCCGUUGCGAACUGCACCCCCAUUGAGCAGUGGCCCGGGGUUCCCGCACAAUUCUCAAAACUCCUGGAGAGCAGAUCGCGACCGAGAUCGUGACUUUGAUCGGCGUGAGAGACGGCCGACUCCACCAAGGCGGUCACCUAUUCGUGACUCAAGAGACCCCCGCGAUCAGAGGGAUUUUGGGCCGCGAGAUCUGGAUGUUAAUCGCGCCCGACGGAGUUCUCGAGACGGUCCCCCUUCUGCGGGUUCAACCUACUCUGACCCCCCACCUCCUGGUGCGGCAUUAUUAUAUCGUGGCGGUGGUAUCGGACGGGGGCGAGGUGGCUUUGCAGGACGCGGCCGAAAUUUCCACAACGAUGACCGGGACAGACAUCAUGACUCCCGUGAUCGCAUCCCAGAACGGACAUAUCGACCGCGGAGUCGGACGCCUCCGAGACGCCUAGAGAGAGAUGUCCGGGAAGAACGCGAUUUCGACAGGAGAGAGCGCGAUGAUCGAAGGUUUCCUAGAGAAUACGACUCUUAUAUUGGCCCAGCAGGUGCUGCGAAACCUGGACUGCGGGCACUGGACACACACCGAGGCCCGGGUCCUUCUGAUCUGCGGCAUCUGCCCGGUACACCUACAGGUCCAACACCGCACUUAUCUCAUCACGCAUCUCCAUCCGACAGGCUGGGGCCACAAGGGGAUUCCUACUCGAGGCGAUCUUCUCUUGCUAUUGAUCCUCUCUCUGCUAAGGAUCCUCGCCGGGAGCCAGGUAAAGACGAGGCUCUUCUAGCUAGCCGUGCAGAAGCGUCCAGAGAGAGAUAUGCUCCGCGUGCCUCGUCGCCUCCUGCUUCCAUCCCAGCCUUCGGCGGAUCCAAUGUUUGGAGAGCGCCUAUCUCGGACAAUAAACCAAGCGUUCCUCCAGUAGCGCCAUCGAAACUUGUCCAGUCUAAUCCUGUUCCUACUAAUGCUCCUGUUGCGCCUGCGACUCCUGUCACCCCCGUGAAGCCCGCUGUAGUUCCGACUGCACCAAAGGCGGCGAUACCUCCAGGCCUUUCUACCCUACCGCCUACCGGACCAAAAGCCGAUCGGGCGCCGGAUCGUCCUUUGCUUGCAGAUGCACCCAAACAAGAGAACAAAAUGGCGCAACCAGCUCCAGCACGUAUGGAACCACCCUCUAUCCCACCUCCUGCUGCUUCAACUCAGGCCACUGAUGCACCAGCCUCAGACAUUGUAGCUGCCAAAAUUCCAAUGUCGCCGCAAAUGGCCGCGCCCCCCAAAGCUCCCUCUGUCAUGCCACCAGUCCCUCCAACGGCUCCUAAUGCGCCGUCGGGUCCAGCAAAAUCCCCUCCCCAGGGCCCUGCUCCACGGCCGCGUGCGCCACCUACAGCUCCUCAAGCAGCUCUGCGGGUUAAUGUAUCGCCCUCGUUCUCCAGGGCGACUUUGCCACAAUACGUUCCUCGAGAUGCAUCUCCCGGUGCGAAUGCUUCGGGUUUUGGUCCUCGUGGCGUUAGUGGAGGAGGCUCUGCGAUGAAUACUUCACCACAAAGUUUGCCCGCGAACAUCCCCACAGGUCCGAAAGCUGACCGAACACCAAUGGCUCCUAGGCCGCUUCCAUCAUAUCCGCAAUCAGACCGGCCUGGCUUUCCUCCAGUCAGAGGCCCAUUGAGCGGAGGGCCGAAGAGUAUGCAAUGGGUGCGACCUGGGUUCAAUUCAAAUCGACCUUCGGUUCCUACUAAGCGCGAGUUUCCAGCGGAAGAUCGUGAACGACCAUUUGGCACUGCCCCUAAAGCCCCUCGACUUGAGAACAGUGUCUCGGCAACACAAACCCAAAGAAAUUUGCAAGCAAAAUCGGUGUCGCCGUCAUUCUCACGCAUAUCAACUGAACCCGAACGGCCAAGAGAACGUGCAGCAUCUGCAGAACGCCCUGCGGCGCCCUCGCCCAAGCCUACCCCGAUCGAGACUAGGCGGCAUUCUGAUGUAGUCAUGGCGGAAGCGUCACCUCGCAUGCCCAAACCACCUAUGUCGGCUGCCUCGUCCGCUCCAGAAGCUUUGCAAGACUCUGAUGAUGAUCUUGAUCUUGACGAAGACGACUUCGCUGAAUCUGAAGCGAAAUACAACCGAGAACGGGCGCGUUUGGAAGCCAAGCGGGUUGACUUGAGUGCCCCACACUUACGUGCUACGACACCUUUGCAAGAAAUUGUUUUGCUGUCAUGCUUAAAUGUCGACCAUCUUCCACAGACACAGCCAGACGCGGAGCUCGCGGAAGAAAUAAACACACCUUUGCCUCAGGAGCAGGAACAGGAACAAAGACAGGAACAAGUGCAGGAACAGUCACAUCCCUCACCUGCGCAAGAACUUCCCGUGGAGCCAGUCACUACCCAGCCGCUUCCAGAGAGCAUCACGACAGAUUUGCCGACACCUAAAGCUGAAGAGUCCGAGGAUGUCGAGAUGGAAGACAAAGAAGAGACUGAAGAAAGAUCGGCCGCGCCUGCAACAAUGGCACUUCGUCUGCGACGUGAGACCUCUGCCGAGCAGGAGAUCGUACCUGACCUCAGCUCGUUGCCCUACUUAGGAUCAGGUCCCCCUACGCCUCUAUCAGACAUCGGACAUGAUCGACCUAACCUGUCUGAUGAUGUCAUGAAUGCCAUCCGCAGCAGGUUGCGCAAGAGUAUCGAGCCUGAACUAAACACCGAUCAGAUACUCGAAAGAUACGCAGCUGCAUACAGAGAGUGGCGAGUGGCCAUUCGUCCGUUGGACGAAGAGCGCGAACAGGAUGACCAGGACAGACAGCCAUCAGCCGAACCGACACUGAAAGCUGUCACCCCUGACGUACAGAACGCGGCGAUGACUGGGAUUCUGGAUGGUUCGCUGGCACCUACAGGUCGAAGAAGCCAUGCAAGUCGAUGGGCUACUGAGCUUGAUCUGGAGGCCGUCAUCAAAGAGUCUCUAAAGACUGCCGAAGAGGAGAAGUUAGGAAAAAACAAGGAACCAAGGAAGGCCAUGGCUGAUCCUGAAAAAGAGGCUGAUCUGCCCUUGGAACUCACCGAGGCUGAGGCUCAGCGGAGAAGAUUCAUCGACACUAAUUUCCAGCGCGAACCUGGCCAAGGAAUCUUCGUGUUCCAUUACGAACCGCCAGAGGAUGACUUUACUCCCGACGAACACCGAGUAAUGGUACAAAACUACAAGGAUCAGUAUGCUAAGAAAUGGGGCAAGCUGGCUGAAGUCCUAUACAAAGAAGUCGGAACCGAACGUACCUACAAGGACUGUAUCAAUCACUACUAUGCUACCAAAUGGGGCAGAGAAUACAAGGGCAAACUCCGCAAACCACGGGCUUCUAGGAAACGUGGUGGAGCGGUUGGCCGUGGCCGUGGAGCUAUUGUUAACAUGGACCGACCCGAAGGACCGGGAGAGGAUGGAUUGCCUUUGCCUGUUACUGAGACUGGACGACCUAGGCGCUCGGCAGCACCCAAAUUUGGCCCAACGGAGAUUGAGUUCGAUCCGAUCACAGGAUUACCCAUUCCAGGCCGUGCACGCAGGCCCACUGAUGCCGACGACACACAAGAGAAGGUUAUGCGGCGCGGAAAGUCGGCGAAGGACAAGCUUGGCCGGAAGGCGAAGAACAUGCCACUCGCAGCGGCUCCCAUGGGUUCGCCUGUCAAAGUUGACCGUAAGGACAAGAACUUGGGAGUCAAGAUGGAAGACGAUCUUGGCAAACGGCCCAUGAGUGAUAUGCCAAUCCCUAUGCCCCUGAUCCCUAUGGAAGACCAAAUAAUGCUGUCUGGUGAUUUACAACAGCUGUCUGGUUUGCCAGGUAGCCUUAUGGAUCGACCAAAGACACAGCCUGGCGCGAGACCUGGUCCGUCUAGUUAUUGGUCCGUCUCCGAGCUACAAGACUUUGACAAGAACGUUGCACACUUUGGCACGGACUGGAUAGCAAUCGCAAACCACAUGGGUACCAAGACGCACACCAUGAUCAAGAAUCAGUAUUUGCGUCUCGUCGAAAGUGGCAAGCUAGACUUGGAGCAGGUAGCAAAAGAGGCAGAUGCUCGAAGGGAACGAGGUGAUGAUCUAGGACCACCCCCAACACCGACUCCAGCACCUAAAAGACGAUACGAGAGUACACAGGCGGGACCUAUCCGCCCCAUCGCACCUACGCCCGAACAUGGGUCCCCGCCUCCCAAUCCGCUUGCGCUCCCCAAAGUAUCCCCUCCGCAUUCGACCCCCUCUUCAAGGUUUUCCACUAUCGCUCAAGCACCUAUGCAAAGCAAGCCGAUGGUGCCUCCGCCCGGAUAUCCUGCCCUGCCAGAGACUAGCCUUGCGUCUGUACCCUCAAUACCACCACAGCAGUCACCGCCCGCUCCACCUCAACGUACACAACCACAGCAUCAUCAUCAGCACUCCAUGUCGCAGCAUAAGCCGCAGCCACAGGGGCCACGAGCUGGAUAUUUCUCGGAGGAGCCUUCACGGUUUGAGACCCGACCACCUUCGCAACCAUCGAACAAUCAACAACCACAUCGACCAUUGCAACAGCAUGCACCUCCACAGCCUCGCGCACAGGAGCAACACCACUCGCCUCUAUAUCGUGGGCUCCACUACGCAGAGCGAGAGGGCGUGGGUAGACCCGAAGUUCAGCAGGAACAAGAGAAUCAACGCCGGUUUCACGAACACAGGCGUCAGAUGUCACAGGAAAUGUCACAACACAGACCUUUUGCUCCUGGUAGGGCACCGCCAAUCAUGCCGCCAGUACGUUCAAACUCUGGAUUAAGGUCACCGGAACAUCGUCCGUUGCCGUCCUCACAUUCCCGGCAUCCAUCGCAGGCGCAAUCGCUCAAUCAAGCUGCAGCGGAUGUAUAUUCUCCGAGUCAUGGCACUAGCCAUGGUGCGCAACAACUGCCGCCACAGUCGACGAUUCUUACGCCGCCUGUUAAGGAAGAGCCUAGGAAUCCUCCUCCUGUCAGCCUUCCCCCGGCGCAACCCCAAGCGAUGCUGCAUACACAAUUACAACAUCCUCAACGUGGUCCACCGCCUAUGCAAAAUACUCCUCCACCUGUAAUAUCCAAGCCAGCUGCAGAGCCACGCAAGUCCAACCUGAUGUCGUUGCUUAAUGACACCGACCCUGAGGAGCCUAGACGUAAGAAGCCUAACGAGCAAGGCCCACCAUCGCAUACAUCUACGCCUCUGCAAUCAGCACCAAUCGCUCCUCCUCCCACAACGCAAAGCUACUCGUCUUCGUCACGACGUCCACUCUACGAAGAUUCCAUGGGUGCUCAACCUCCGUAUUCUCGUCCAUCCUCGUAUGCUCAACAAUCUUCGCUUCCGAAUGCAGCAUCGAACAGGCCAAUCGAUUUGACAGAUGAUAAGCCAUCACAGCCGUUCCACCGAGGACUGUCCCAGACUCCACAACUCACGUCACUUUCAUCGACACCGUCCGGCCUGCCUCAGCCGCCCAAUGUUAAUGAGAGGAUCUUUAGCAAUCACCGUUCUGUCUUUGCUCAGCACAACACUCCGCGUCAGAACCCGACACCACCACCUCUUGCCGGCUUCAACAAUUCGCCGAACCCGCAUUCGCGCACAUCAAGCGUAAGUGGACCACCCGGAUCGUUGCCUCGACAUGGUAUCCCGAGUACCACUGCGGCGCAGCAUGCGCAAGCAAUGAGUGCAUCAGCGCAGAUUCUGCAGCCAAAUCCAUAUGCCCAGGUUGAUCCACCAGGAAGUGGUGUACCGCCAUCUGGACCUAUGGGCAUGCGGCCCAGUCCGCAUCUGUCGACAAGCCACAUAGCACAACAGAGAGACUCAUCUGGACGCAACGACCACUCCCAGGCUUCGAACGCAAAUUUGUCGUACUCAAACCCGCAAACGCCUAACGAGCAUCCAGCUCAUUCUUUCCAAGGAUUAAGCAGACUGACUGAGCCCUAUCGUCCUCGCGAUCCUCGUGAUGCCCACGAUUUUGAUCCUCGCCACUCGGAUCGCGACACGAGUCGAGAGCUAUCUCAAAGGACUGAAUAUCUACGUGAACAACUUUCCAAUCCUGCUUUACGUGCGACAGGUCCCCCAAUGCACGAAGAUAUGCGAUUCCAGCCUCAAGAUCGAGGGUAUCUCUCUCAACGCUCACAGACUCCGCUUUCUAGGGCUGAGCAUGGCCAACCUCCACCUUUGCAGCACCCUCCGCACUCGUCGCUUGGUGUAGCAAACCACUCGCUCUACGGCCAACGUCCUACCGAGGAGCCACACCGAUUCAUGCGCGAUCCUCGUGAUCGCAGCAUGACAGAUCGUAUCCGCGAGGAACAAGCCCAAGCUCAACACCAGGCAGCGAUGAACCGUGACGAGCACAUGCGAAGAGAAGCUGAGCGAGAUGUGAGGGAACGGGAGAUGCGCGAAAGAGAUGCACGAGAUGCGCAUUACAGGGAUAGCAUCAUGCGAGGAAGAGCAGAGAUGAGGGGUCCGCCGCCACCACAAGUACCUAGCUCAGGACCGGGAUCCAUACAUGAUCCACGGCCACCUGCAGGGCCUAUGGACUGGGUAAGCGGAGUGCGACAUCCGCAAGAUCGUGGCCCAUGGCAGCGAUGA